CACGCGUUGUCCUCCUGACGCUCCUUCUGGGAAAUGCACGGGGGCGUCUCCAGGCCCACUUCGUCGUCAUUAGUAGCCAGGAGUCAUGGAUCUCACGUUCCUAGCGACGGCGAGGCCCACAUGGGUCGCUCUCCUGGCGCGAUACUCGUCGCGUGGGAGCGCUGAUGGACAAAAGCUCUGCUCUGUUUUCGACUCCCGUUUCCCGCCAGGGACGAGUCCGAGUAUGGUCACAGCACACACGGCGGGGAGAAGUCUGCGUGCAGCAGGCACUUUCCCAGUGCGGGCCUUCGCCAGCCAGACAAUUUCCCAGUGGCGCUCUGGUUCUGGACCCAGUCCGGUGCGCCCAGUGUCUCGGGCUUCGAGUCUCAUGCGUGAAAGGACAUGUCGAUCGAGGAACCAGAACGCUGCUGCUCAUGUGUCGGAUGAUUGUGACUCCCAAGUGAACAGACGGGCAUCAGACGGAUUUAGACGACCGCGUUC